CCUUAUUUGUCGUCAUGACUGCGUUGACAUUGCUCCGACGAUCAAUUACGGCGGUCAGCUGCGAUGUUUACGCCCACACUCGCGUUGCCAAUUGGCGGUUUUUGCCCCGGCUUCAAAGGCGCCAAUUGCAUUUGCACACCUGUGGGCGUCAUUCUGCACUUUUGGCCGGCAAAACAACAACCACAACAGCAGCAGCAGCGGCAGCUGCGCAGGCGCCAAACACGAUUGCUAAUGCCAGCGACCGUUCUAUAACCCACCGCACCAUGUCCUCCGCCGCCCCGAAACUUGUGGCCGUUGCCGAGUCGCGUCGCUUCAUGAUCGAUUGCUUCAAGGCGGUGAAGGUGCCCCAGGCGCAUGCCGAGGCCCAGGCGGAUCUCCUGGUGGCCGCCGAUCACCGGGGUCACUUUAGCCACGGCAUGAACCGCCUGGAGAUGUACAUCAACGACCUGGCCAUCAACUCCACGGACGGAGGAGCUGUGCCCAAGAUCCUGAAGGAGACCCCCGCCACCGCCUGGGUGGAUGGCCUCAAUGGUUUGGGCGCCGUGGUGGGCAACUACUGCAUGGAUCUGGCCUGCCAGAAGGCCAAGAACGUGGGCGUUGGCUGGGUGUGUGCCAAGGGAUCGAACCACUACGGCAUGGCCGGCUGGUAUGCCAUCAGGGCCAUGGAGCAGGGUCUGGUGGGCAUGUCCAUGACGAACACCUCGCCGCUGAUGGCACCCACCCGCGCCAAGGAGGCUGCCCUGGGCACCAACCCUUUGUCCCUGGGCGCCAAUGCCACCAAUGGCGACAAGUUCCUGCUGGACAUGGCCACCACCGCCGUGGCCGUGGGCAAGAUCGAGAUCCAGCGCAGGAAGGGAGCCCCACUGCCCGAUGGCUGGGCCCAGGAUCCCAAUGGAGCGGUGACCAAUGACGCGGACCUGGGCUUCAGCACCGGCUGCCUGAUGCCGCUGGGCGGAUCCGAGCUGACCUCCGGCUACAAGGGCUAUGGCCUGGGCGCCAUGGUGGACAUCCUGUCGGGCGUGAUGUCCGGCGCCAACUACUCCACGAAGGUCAGGAAGUGGACCCACGCUGGCGCCGAUUCGGCCGCUGAUCUCGGCCAGGUCUUCAUCGCCGUGGAUCCCAACUGUUUCGCUCCCAACUUCGAGGAGCGCAUGACUGACUUCAAUGCCCGCCUGAGGGGCACCACUCCGACCGAUCCCAGCAACCCCGUUCUUCUGGCUGGUGACAAGGAGCGGAAUGGAAUGGCUGGUGUGGACGCUGCCGGCGGUAUCCAGUAUCUGGAGAACCAGCUCAAGACCUGCGCCAACCUGGCCGAGAAACUCAAUAUCAAACCCCUGACUUUUGUCUAAACUAAAGAGGAUUGGAGGACUUAAAGUAGGGAGCCAAGCUCACCCAUUGCCAUAUGCUGGAGACGCUUCUGCAUUUUGCCGGACCAAAGCACUAUGUUACUUUACACUGCAAGAAAUAUUGAUAUUCGCAACAGUUUGAUUUGCGCUGGUGCUGAUUUAUAGUUUGUUACAUAUCCUCGUGUUGCACUUAAAACAUAUUCCUAGUUUUCUAAAAGUCUGUCAUAACUGAGAAAAGCUGUUCUCGUUUAAAAGUUUUACGAACCAUUUGGAUGUUAAACUAAAAUUGUAAUUAACUAAAACACAUGGUAAAGAGUAACGACAUUCUUUCAGUAAACUGGCAAUAUAAAGUAGAGUAAAGACUUGCAGUUUGCACAUUUAUUAUAAGUAAAACGACGUCUAAAUUUCCAUUUAGAAAAAAACUAUCCGUUAUACAAACAAUUUAUUGCUUUUGGCACUUAUAAAUAUCCAUGUUAUGUGUUCAGCAAAUACGUAAUUAUUAAAUGAAGAUUAUACUCUAUGACAAA